AAAAGAAAAGAAAAGAAAAGAAAAUGGAUUAAAACAAUUUUUUUUAAAGUAUUGUUGUUGCUUCUUGGAAGUGUGUCGGGCUUCCGGAGCAGCUAUGAUGUCUAACACGGCGAGGAGCGGCGACAUCAUCCACCUGAACGUCGGAGGGAAGAGGUUCAGCACCUCCAGACAGACGCUCACAUGGGUUCCUGACUCGUUUUUCUCCAGUCUUCUCAGCGGUCGGAUCUCGACGUUAAAAGAUGAAACCGGAGCUAUCUUCAUCGACAGGGACCCCUCCCUGUUCGCUCCCAUCCUCAACUUCCUGCGGACCAAAGAGCUGCACCCCCGCUCCAUCAGCGUGCACAUGCUCAUGCACGAGGCCGAGUUCUACGGCAUCACGCCGCUCGUGAGAAAGCUGCAGCUGUGUGACGAGCUGGACCGAUCGUCCUGUGGAAACGUGUUGUUCAACGGAUACCUGCCUCCACCUGUGUACCCGGCGAAGCGUCUGAACCGUCACAGCGUUGCGGGGUCGCAGUUCAUGGCGGGACGAUCAGCGACCGCAGAGAGAGUGCCGGUCAGACGCAGCAACACUAUGCCUCCAAACCUGGGGAACUCUGGGAUACUGGGCCGAGCCGUCACCGAGGAGAGGACGUGUGGAGCUCCGUUAUCAGAUCCCGGGAUGGUUCGGAUCAUCUGUGGUCAUCAUAACUGGAUCGCUGUGGCCUACGCUCAGUUUGUCGUCUGUUACAGGGUGAAGGAGUCCACCGGGUGGCAGCAGGUCUUCACCUCUCCUCGUCUCGACUGGGUGAUCGACCGAGUCGCGCUCAACGCCAAAGUGAUGGGCGGCUCGCUGGGAGACAACGACAAGAUGGUGGCCGUCGCCUCGGCAACCGACAUCAUCCUGUGGGCCAUCUGCCCCGACGGCAACGGGAACGAAAUCGGCGUGUUCAGCCUCAACGUGCCGGUGGAGGCGCUCUUCUUCGUUGGUAACCAGCUGAUCGCCACCAGCCACACGGGGAAGGUCGGGGUCUGGAACGCCGUCACCAAACACUGGCAGACGUGCAGAAGUUCCCUCUGAGGAUGAAGGAUAACGACCUGCUGGUGACGGAGCUGUACAGAGACCCGACUGAAGACGCCAUCACUGCUCUCAGCGUCUACCUCACUCCUAAAACCAGUACCACGGGGAACUGGAUCGAGAUCGCGUACGGGACGAGCUCGGGGACGGUCCGAGUCAUCGUGCAGCACCCGGAGACGGUCGGGUCGGGUCCACAGCUGUUCCAGACCUUCUCCGUCCACAGAAGCCCCGUCACCAAGAUCAUGCUGUCUGAGAAACACCUGAUCUCAGUCUGCGCUGACAACAACCACGUGCGGACUUGGACGGUGACCCGUUUCAGAGGGAUGAUUUCCACUCAGCCGGGCUCCACACCGCUCACCUCCUUCAAGAUCCUCAGUCUGGACGACGUGGACGGACACGGAGGCUGCAGCGCCGGGACGGAGAUCGGGCCGUACGGAGAGAGAGACGACCAGCAGGUUUUCAUCCAGAGAGUCGUACCGGACACCGACAAACUCUACGUCAGGCUCUCGUCCAAUGGGAAGAGGGUGUGUGAGGUGCGCUCGGUAGACACCACCUCCAUCACAGCCUUCAUGGUGCACGAUUGCGAGGGCUCGAGUCGCAUCGGCUCUCGGCCGCGGCGCUACCUGUUCAGUGGCCAUGGCAACGGCAGCAUCCAGAUGUGGGACCUGACGACCGCCAUGGAGAUCGCCGGCAAGGUGGACAUCAGAGCGCUGGGCGGGCCAACAGAAGAGGAGCUGCUGGAGCUGUUGGACCAGUGUGACCUCGCUCUGACCCGAACACCUGACAGCACACCGAGGGCCUCCACCUGCAGUCUGGUGUCUCAGCUGAGCGACGGCGUUCGGGCGGAGCGUCUCCACUCAGCAGGACGAGGAGGCGGAGCUUCAGGUUCGUCCGCUUCUCUGUGUGGGCAGCCUCCCUCGCCAGGCCCCGCCCCCCCCUCCCCUUCGCCAAAACCUGUCCGAGACGCCGGCCUGUCAGCUGGACCCGGCCUGCAGCCCCUCACCAUCCCCGGCCCCGCCUACGCCCACAGCUCUAACUCCACCCCCAGCCCCCGCCCCCCCCGCCACCAGGAGCCGUGGGGGUCUGUGCGCAGGGGCAGCUUCGUGGAGCGCUGCCAGGAGCUCGCUAAGGGCUCGGAGGCGGCGGCGAGCUCCGGUUUCGUGGUCCCGGCGGGGUCGGAGGGCGUGAGGCGGAGCUUAGCGGUGUGCAGCGAGUUAGAGGCCAGAUUCGGCAUGCGGACCCCCACCACCUUCUCUGUGUCGCCGGGCGCUCGCCACCCCCCCGGUACGCCUUCAUCACUGUCGUCCUCGCCGCUGUCGGGGUCUUCGUCGUCCGGUAGGACGGCGCCCACGUCUCCGACCAGCCCCGCCCCCCCUCCCCCACCCGCUCUGAGCCCCACCCGCUCUCAGACGGCGGCCUCUCCUCGCCGCAGCCCCGCCGUGCCUCCUGCUGACGUCCCAGCGCCUCCUGAGAGCCCGGCGUGUCCCGACAGCCCCGCCGCCGCCACCGCCACCGCCGCCGCCCCCCCCACCAGCCCCAAACCACAUUUAAACGAGACCAGCUUCUGAUUGGCUGACGGGACUGAGCGCGUGCAGAGAGCAGCGCCUGUUUGGAUUUCUGUCGUCACGUGAAACGCCUUAAAAACUGCCCUGAAUGAACAGCCAAUCGGCCGUCUCGCAGAGCUCCGUUGCUAUGGAUACCACAAGCUUCCAGUGGAUGACAUCACUACUAACACACGACGACGUCCGGCGACUCACCGAUCAGUUUUAUUUAAGCUGCAUUAAUCAAUAUAUUUAUAUCAUCAAUUAAUCAAAUGUGAAAGGGCUCGUUAAGCCACGCCCCCUCCUUAGUUACCGUUGCUAACCAGACUUCCUGUUGUCUCUUCAAUCAGCUGAUCGGUUCUGUCAAUCACAGAGGUGAAGAAAAGACUUUGGGAAUCACUGAUCCACAUUUUCUGGACCAAACAACUGAUCGAUUAAUCAAUAAAAUAAUUGAUUAAUCAGUAACGACAUUAAUCGUUAGUUAUGACUUUUUAUUGACCUGCUGAUGCUCGUUAUGGUUGCUAAGCGACGGUUGGAUUUAGCAGAUAAUUAACAGUCGCUAACUCUUUUAGCUCCUGGUUAUGAUAAAAGUUUAUUUUUAUAAUUUUUAAAAUUCACUGUGAUGAAGAAACAUCGUCUAAAGUCUGUUUUUAAAGCUGCCAAACGAGCGUCGGUUGUCCGACUGAUCAAACGAUCAAUCGAUCAAUAAUUAAACCGAAACGUGAAGCAGUAGAAAAGAGGAAGAGAGACGUCACAUGAUCUGAUAUACUUCCUGUCGUCCGUCUUCACUUCCUGUAAGUGCAGCAUCUGUAACACUGAUCAAUAACUGAUCAACUGUUCAGUUAUUGAUCUGUCUGAUACUGAUCGAUCAGUCCCUGUCUCAUUGAACAGUUAUUGAUCAGUACCGUCUCAUUGAACAGUUAUUGAUCAGUCGCUGUCUCAUUGAUCAGUUAUUGAUCAGUCGCUGUCUCAGUGAUCAGUUAUUGAACAGUAAUUGAUCAGUUGCUGUCUCAGUGAACAGUUAUUGACAGUUACAGUCUGUCUCAUUGAUCAGUUAUUGAUCAGUCGCUGUCUUAUUGAACAGACUGUUAUUGAUCAGUUAUUGAAGUUAUUUAUCAUUGGUGUCAUUGAACAGUUAUUGAUCAGUCUGUGUCUCAGUGAUCAGACUGUGUCAUUGAUCAGUUAUUGAUCAUUCGCUGUCCUGCUGAUUUCCUUCUUUUACCUUCGUGGGUUCUUUUUUUCUCUGAUCUCAUUUUUUAAAAACGCAUUUCUUUUGUUUUUAGCAUUAAAACUUUGUAUCUGAAGCCUGAUUGGACGUUCAGAGCCACGAACACUUCAUCAGGUCGUCUGUUAGGAAAAUAAUUGAUGAUAUUUGAUGAGAAUCUGAGUUUAAGAUUUAAAAUAGACAAAAUAAAAUCAGAUAAAUUGGUUCAUUAAAAUGUGACUUGUGAAGGCAGAUUCAAUGUUUCUGUGACUCUGAACUGUUCAAGUUUAGUUUGAAUGUUUCCUGUUGUAUUUAUCUGAGUGUGUGUGUGUUUGUGUGUGUGUGUGAGAGAGAGUGUGUAUGUGUGUGUGUGUGUGUGUGUGAGAGAGUGUGUGUGUGUGAGAGAGAGUGUGUGUGUGUGAGUAUUUGUGUGUGUGUGUGAGUAU